CUUCAAAGUCCCCCCACACAAGUCUCAGUUUUUCCCACCAUUCCCCCCUCAAAUACGAACUCCACAAAAUUCCCCUUUCUCUCUCAUUUUUCUAAUAAUUCCCCACCAUAGCCCCCCUUUUCUUACCCCUUCAACCCUUUCCCCCAAAACCCCCUAAAAAAUGGAGUUAGGCGAUGAUGAUUGGAAUUUCAGUCAAGAAGAACUCGAUACCUUAGAAAGAGAUGCUCUAAGAAUAGUUGCUGAAAGAAAAUCAUCUUCAGCAACAGCUUCAAUUAGUUCCUCUUCUCAAGAAUCUUACUUUAACAAAGUACCGAAUUUGCCACCUUCAUCAAUCAGAAACACUCAAGUCGGAGUAAUAACUGCGAAAGACAAUGCAAAGGAGUUGCAGAAAGUUUGCAUCAAGUUAAUUCUACAUUCCAGUGGGAAAAUUGCGGCAAAAUUUACAUACAAUGAAAUUGUUGUAAGCGCAUUUCGUAGUAUGCCCCAAGCUUGGUGGUCUGGUAAAGAAAGAUUAUGGAUGUUUCCGAUGUCUUCAUUGUCAUCCGUAGAGAAAAUUCUCAGUGAAAUUAAGGGGAUAAGCGUCGAGCUAGAGAAGUUAGAUCCCCUGGUACACCGGGCUAUUGUUGCUGCUUCAGCUGUUCCAGAUCUACGAGAUUUAUAUGAUAGAAUGCCAAGCUCUGUCGAAUCAAAGCUUUUGCCAUUUCAGCGAGAUGGGGUCAAGUUUGUGUUGCAGCAUGGAGGGCGUGCUCUCUUGGCUGAUGAGAUGGGCCUCGGGAAGACUUUGCAGGCAAUUGCAUUUGCAGCAUGCUUCCGUGACUCUUGGCCUGUUCUUGUUAUCACCCCAUCCUCCUUGCGUUUGCAAUGGGCUUCUAUGAUUAAAGAAUGGCUCAGUAUCCCUUCAAAUGAAAUACUUGUGGUGUUAUCCCAAUGUUCUGGAUCAAACAAGGGAGGGUUCACAAUAGUACCCUCAAGCUCUAAAGGAACUAUCCCUCUUGAUGGUUUAUUUAACAUUAUCUCUUAUGAUGUUGUACCUAAACUACAACAUAUGCUUAUGAACUUGAACUUUAAGAUUGUGAUUGCAGAUGAGUCACACUACUUGAAGAACGCUCAAGCUAAAAGGACUAUUGCAUCAAUUCCAGUGUUACAGAAAGCGCAAUAUGUGAUGCUGCUUAGUGGGACUCCUGCUUUAUCUCGACCUAUUGAGCUAUUCAAGCAGCUAGAAGCGCUGCAUCCUGAUGUAUACAAAAAUGUUCGUGAAUACGGAGAACGAUACUGCAAGGGCGGUUUCUUUGGACUAUACCAAGGCGCAAGUAAUCAUGAUGAGCUUCACAACAUGAUAAAAGCAACUACUAUGAUUCGGAGGCUUAAAAAAGAUGUUCUUUCUGAGCUUCCUGUGAAGCGCAGACAACAAGUUUUCCUGGAUAUAGCCGAGAAGGACAUGAGACAAAUUAAUGCUCUAUUUCGUGAGCUGGAGAUAGUAAAAACCAAAAUCAAGGCCUGUGCAUCCAAGGAGGACGUUGACAAACUUAAGUUCUCCGAGAAGAAUCUUAUCAAUAAGAUCUACAAUGAUUCUGCAGAAGCUAAGAUUCCGGCUGUUAAAGAUUACUUGGAAACUGUCAUUGAGGCAGGUUGCAAAUUUCUAAUAUUUGCACACCAUCAGUCUAUGAUAGAGGCUAUACAUGAAUACCUACUGAAGAAGAAAGUGCGUUGUAUUCGAAUUGAUGGUGGUACCACGCCAUCAUUAAGGCAUGCUAUGGUAUCAGAUUUUCAAGAGAAAGAUGAUAUUAAAGCUGCAGUUCUAUCCAUCAAAGCUGGAGGGGUUGGGUUAACUUUGACAGCUGCAAGUACUGUCUUCUUUGCAGAGCUAUCAUGGACUCCAGGAGAUAUAAUUCAAGCAGAAGACCGUGCUCAUCGUAUUGGCCAGGUAUCAUCGGUUAACGUAUAUUUCCUGCUAGCUAAUGACACCGUUGAUGAUAUAAUCUGGGAUGUUGUUCAGAGCAAGUUGGAAAAUUUGGGGCAGAUGCUUGAUGGUCAAGAGAACACCUUGCAAGUGUCAGAAUCCCAAGGCAGUAGUAGCCCUAUGAAGCAAAAAAGGUUUGAUUUGCAACCAAGGAGCAGCCUUGGAAAGCAAAAAACGCUAGACUCUUUCAUGAAGCGUUGCCAGUCUCCUGUGGUUACUGAAAAUUCUGAUGUAGAAGGCCAUCUUCCAAAAUUCAAAAUACCAAGAAGCUAAUGUAUCAUUUUGGCUACUGAAUCAUACAUCAACCACGGUAUUAAUUUGGAUACUGUUUUGUAUAUACAUCUUUUGUAAUAAAUAAAAUAAAGGUUCCCACAAAAA